AUGGGUGAAAACUUUCCAUCAGAGUCUAAGAAGUUCAACACUGAGCUUAGGGACUAUUCAGUAUCACACGCUGAUAAAACUGGUCCUUAUGCGGACAAUCUCGAUGUUGACGCAAUUGUCGUUGGAGCAGGCUUCGCCGGCAUAUUCAUGCUCAAAACUCUACGUGAUCGCGGGUUAAAGACGUACAUCUUUGAAGCUGGUAAUGACACUGGUGGUACUUGGCGUUGGAAUUGCUAUCCAGGUGCUUGUGUCGACUCUGAGGUGCCCGAGUACGAAUUUUCCUGGCCUGAAGUAUGGAAGACCUGGAAUUGGCCGACCAACUAUCCCAAUUACGAGAAUCUACGAGCAUACUUUGAUCAUGUUGAUAAGGUGAUUGGAGUGAAGAAAGAUUGCUCUUUCAAUACAGUCGUCGUUGGAGCUCACUUCGACGAAACUGAGGGCAAAUGGAACAUACGUACAGAAGAUGGUCGCACAUCAAAGGCCAAGUACCUUGUCCUGGGCACUGGGUUUGCUGCGAAGAGAUAUAUCCCGGAUUGGCCUGGAAUGAACAAAUUCAAGGGCGUGAUUCAUCAUUCUUCGUUUUGGCCCGACGAAGAAAUAAACGUCAUCGGCAAAAAAUGCGCUGUUAUCGGCACGGGAGCAUCUGGUGUGCAAAUCGUCCAGGCCUGGGGCCCGGAAGCUGGAGAAGUGAAAGUUUUCCAACGCACUCCCAACCUUGCUGUUCCAAUGCGUAAGCAAAAUCUUACCGUUGACGAGCAAGAAAAAGCCAAGAAGUAUUACCCAGAGUUAUUCAAAUUUCGCGAAACGAGUUUUGCGGGCUUCCACUAUGAUUGGGCUGAGAAAAGCACGUUUGACGACACUCCGGAGGACCGUGAAGCGUUUUACGAAAAAGUGUGGAACGACGGCGGAUUCCGAUACUGGGUCGCCCUCUACAAAGACACUCUCCUCAACGCCAAGGCAAACAAAGAGGCAUACAACUUUUGGGCAAAGAAAACCCGAGCCCGAAUUGAUGAUCCGAAAAAACGCGAUGUUCUUGCUCCACUUGACAUGCCUCAUUAUUUCGGAAUCAAGCGACCAUGUCUAGAGUAUAGCUACUACGAACAAUUCAACAGACCAAACGUUGAUGUAGUAGAUAUCAGCAACAAUGCUAUAAAGGAUAUUGAUGAAACAGGUAUCGUCCUUGAAGAUGGAACACAUCAUGAGUUUGACGUUAUUGCUGUGGCAACUGGCUUUGAUGUUGUAACUGGAGUAAUGACCCAACUAGGACUUGAAAGCGUAUCCAAGACCAAGCUUGAAGAAGAAUGGCUUCCUGGCGCUCAAACAUACUUGGGGCUCACCGUCAGCGGAUAUCCCAACAUGUUCCACAUCUACGGUCCCCAAGCUCCGACACUUCUUAGCAACGGUCCAACUACUGUAGAGGUACAGGGCCGAUGGAUCGCUGACUGCAUCCAAAAGAUGGAGAAAAAUAACAUCAAGUACAUAAAUCCGAAGCGCGAGGCGUCUAUCGCCUGGAAGAAAGAAAUUGUCGCCGCCAACGACCAGACACUAUUCCCAACCACGAGAUCGACGUAUAUGGGUGGAAGCAUCCCUGGCAAAGUAUAUGAACCAGUGUGUUUCUCGAGAGGAAUUCCGACGUAUGCGAAAUUGAUUCGUGGAGCGCUUGACGAUAUGUCAGGCUUUGACGUGGUUUCCAACUGA